AUGCCGUCCACAUACAAAAGAGACAAGCCGUGGGAUACCCCCGAUAUUGACAAAUGGAAGGUCGAACCAUUCAAACCCGAGGAUAACGCCGCCGGCAGCUUCGCAGAGGAAUCAUCCUUCGCCACGCUCUUCCCCAAAUACCGUGAAGUCUACCUGAAGGAAGCAUGGCCCGUCAUCACGCGCGCCCUCGAGAAGUUCGGUAUCGCCUGUACUCUCGAUUUGGUCGAGGGUAGUAUGACGGUGAAGACCACUCGGAAAACGUUCGACCCGGCCGCGAUUCUCAAAGCCCGUGAUUUGAUCAAGUUGCUAUCGAGAAGUGUUCCUGUGCAGCAGGCCCUCAAAAUCCUCGAAGACGACGUCGCAUGCGACAUCAUCAAGAUCCGCAACCAAGUCCGGAACAAGGAGCGCUUCGUGAAGCGUCGCCAGCGCAUCCUCGGCCCCUCCGGAUCCACCUUGAAAGCCCUCGAGCUAUUGACCGGCACCUACAUCCUCGUCCAAGGAAACACCGUCGCCGCGAUGGGCCCGUACAAAGGAUUGAAGGAGGUGCGUCGGGUGGUGAACGACUGCAUGGCCAACAUCCAUCCGAUCUACCACAUCAAGGAACUCAUGAUCAAGCGCGAGCUGGCCAAGGACCCCACCCUCGCCAACGAAUCGUGGGACCGCUUCCUGCCCAACUUCAAGAAACGCACCCUGUCCAAGCGUCGCACGCCCUUCAAGGUCACCGACAAGUCCAAGAAGGUCUACACGCCUUUCCCUCCUGCCCCCGAGAAGAGCAAGGUCGACCUGCAGAUCGAGUCCGGCGAGUACUUCCUGUCCAAGGAGGCCAAGGAGCGCGCGCGCAAAGAAGAGGUCAUGGAGAAGCAGCGUCAAAAGCGCGAGGAGAAGAUGCAGGAGCGCGCCAAGUCGUUUGUUCCUCCGGAAGAACUGGAGGCGGCCAAGGAAAAGAAGGAGAAAAAGGACAAGAAAAAGAAGCGCAAGCGCGACUCCGAGGGAGAACCCGACGUCGACAGCUCCGAGAAGAAAGAGAAGAAGAAGAAAAAGAAGAGCAAGUCCAAGGAGAGUGUGUCCGAAGACGAAUCGUAG